AUGGCAGAGCCAAAGGACAAAGGCUGCCGGAGGCUUAGCAGGGCCCUCUCGUCCACCGCGCUCGCUCAGUCCGGAGAGAGCGGGGCCGAAGAGCGGGUGCUAGUGAUCAACACUGGCGGGACCAUCGGGAUGGUGUCUCAGAAAGAGGGUCUUGCUCCUGAAGCCAACAAGUUAGCCAGGGCCCUGAAGAAGAUGCCAAUUCUUCAUGAUGAGGAAUGUGCCAAGAACCUCCAGUGCCGGUUUAAACUUGGAGAUGACACUUUGGUGCUUCCCCUUUCUAAGCAAAAGAAAAGAAUUAUCUACACCAUCAUGGAACUUUCUCCGCUGCUUGAUUCUUCCAAUAUGACACCUGCUGAAUGGGACAAGAUUGCCAGGCACCUUGAGGCAAACUAUGAGAAGUAUGAUGGCUUUGUGAUCCUUCAUGGGACAGAUACAAUGGCCUAUACAGCUGCGGCUUUGUCCUUCAUGUGUGAGAACCUGGGUAAAACCAUCGUUCUAACAGGGUCUCAGGUGCCCAUAUAUGAACUAAGGAAUGAUGGCAGAGCCAACCUGCUUGGGGCACUGCUGAUCGCUGGCCUGUUUGUAAUCCCUGAGGUGUGCCUGUACUUUUAUAAUAAACUGUACAGGGGAAACCGGGUGAUUAAGGUGGAUGCAGAUAGUUUCAAUGCCUUUUCCUCACCUAACCUGCCUCCACUUGCAAAUGCUGAGGUUGAUAUUACAAUUAACUGGGAGACCAUCUGGAGAGCCAAUACCACCAAGAAAUUUGAGAUCCAUACCAACAUGAACUGCAACGUCGGGCUGUUGAGGAUCUUCCCAGGAAUUACUGCUGCCACGGUGAAAGCAUUCCUUCAGAGUCCAAUGGAAGGAGUUGUACUUGAGACCUAUGGAAGUGGGAAUGCGCCCAAUAAUCGUCCAGAUUUGCUAGAUGAGCUUAAGAAAGCAACUGAUCGCAAUGUGGUGAUUCUGAACUGUACCCAGUGCCUGCGAGGAACUGUUUCUUCAGCCUACGCCACAGGAAAGACUCUCAGGGAUGCAGGCGUGAUCCCAGGGGCAGAUAUGACACCAGAAGCCGCCCUGGCCAAGCUCUCCUACGUCUUGAGCAAACCCGGACUUACCAUGAACGAAAAGAGAAAGAUGCUGAGUGAGAAUCUGAGAGGAGAGAUGACUGUUGUGCCCAUCAAAACCCAGACCACCCUCCAAAAUAGCAAGUUUAUCCAGGAGAUUGCAAAAUAUCUCUGCAUCAGCUCCAAGGAGGAACUAUCAGCUGUUCGGGAUGCUUUGAUUCCUCCUUUGGCUUGUGUGGCUGCAAAAAAUGGUGACUUGGAUACCCUAAAAGCCUUACAGAACAUGGGUGGAAAUUUGAGCUCUGGGGAUUAUGAUGGCCGCACCCCACUGCACAUUGCGUGCUGUGAGGGUAACUUGGAGAUGGUCAGGCAUCUGCUGCAAUCUGGUGCAACUGUGUAUGCAAAAGACCGAUUGGGAGCUACUCCUCUGAUGAAUGCUGUCAAGUUCAGGCAUCACGAUAUUAUUCGCCUGCUCCGCACAACUGGGGCUCACCUUUCCAGCCAAGAGCUCAUGAAUGUUGAACCUGAACUCUUCAGUCUUGCUUUUAGUGGCGAUGUUGAUGGUCUUCAUGCAUGGUAUCUUGCUGGUGUGGAUUUGAACAAACCUGAUUCCGAUGGGAAUACUCCAUUUACUGUGGCCAAGAUUGCAGGGCAUGUAAAAGCUGUGGAAUAUUUGAGGAAGUACAUACAAUAAUUUGACACAUGACAUUCCUCUCAGGUUGUGAAAUUCAGCUAUCUGAAUCCAAGAAAUGCCUGAGAAGCACUGAAGAAAAUGGGCAAAUGCUUACUGUUUUUAGCAAUACUGUAGUCAAGAGAUGGCUAUUCUUAGGCUUGAUUUUUAAAAACCCAGUUUUUAACCCAGUUAUGAAAGGAAUUUUUUUAUUGUUGACAUGUAAGGGUGCAACAUGCAAAACUCUUGCUUCCACACCAAUCCAUUGAACUGAAUGGCAUUUUCUGGAAGGAAUGUGUGCUGAUGGAACCAAACGGUUGUCCUUAAACCUUUAUUACAUUGAUUCACGAUCCUUGAUUGAUGGAGACUGGACUUGAGAAUUUUUGAGAGCAAAGCAGUGUCCUUUACAUUGACCUGAAGCCCUUUACGGUAGUUCAGGAUCAAUGCCGUUUAACAGAAACAUAGAAAAUGGAAAUUAAGUUGUGCUUUUCAGCACAUUUGCUUUAAGGAAUGAAAUGCACAGGCACUUCAGUAAGAGAAACCAUGCUGGAUCAGAGCACAGGGCUAUCUUGUUCAGCGUUGUCAUCCAACCAGCUGCCCACAGAACCCACAAGCAGGACAUGAGCUCACAACGCCCUUCCGCCCAACUUCCCUGGCAACUGGUGCACAGAGACCUAUUGCUUCUGAUGGACGUAUCACAGAGCCAUGCCGACUAAUAGUCAUUGAUAGCCUUCUUCUCCAUGAAUUUGCCCAAGCUUCUUUAAAGCCAUCCAGAUCGAUGGACAUCGCAAAUUGGUGGCCAACAUCUGAGGAUUUUGAUUAGCUUAUUAUUAUAGCAGAAAUCUAAUAGUAGAAUUUCACCAAAUUACUUCCUCUGAGAGUGAGCAGAUGCUGAAUGUGAGUAGAACUGGAGUCUCAAAUUGGGAACAUUAAGAAAUAAGGGGGGAGUUAUCAGUAUAUUUGGAGAAAGCCCAAAAGUCCUGACUCAUGCACAGAAAGAAAAUCCAGCCUAAAGAGGACUGGGAGCAUUUUUGGUUGCAAUGCAAUAUUGCAUGGAAGACAGAAAAGAAAACAAAAACGGGAGAGUGUUGGAAGAGGGUUGACUGGCUGGAACCUUGAGCAGAAGCACUCCUGCUAGCCAGUGUGGCUACGUGGCAACCUCUCGCAGGUCCCACUUGUUUCAUCAAAAGCAAAACUCACGAUGAACUUGAAGGGCUCUGCUUGUGGAUGCAGGGAAAUCUUGGUCAUUUCAGAGAAGUUCAGAGAAGGCCAGCAAGAUUUGCCAAAUUGAUGUGAGAGAGUCUUUUGCCUAAAUUAGAUCUGUGCCAAAUGUAGAGGAUCCUGUUCAGCGAGCACAAACAUUGUGAAAGCGUGUUAACUAUUUUUGCAUCAGCUUUGUGGUGUUCCUCAGUGGAACUCUGUGCAUCUUUGCGGGUAACAUCACAAAUAUGUUCUUGCUUGCAAAUUAAUCACGGUGCACUUACGUGGCAACUUCUUGGGAAUAGUGAUGCUUUAUUUUGGGAAAUGCUGUUGAUCUUCUCACCUUGUCUAUUGGUCAUGAUUGUUUUGUUAUGCUUUUCAAUAAAAUAUUUGAAAAAUA